CUGGUAAAUUUAUAUCCAAAAAUUUUCUCGUGCCAGAUUGGCAGUGGUAGAGAGAUCAUUGACCGCUCUCUGGAAAAUAAACGGCCUGUUCAUUCCGCGCUAUCGCAUCGAAUUCAAGUCUGCUUUAGAAUACGAGCAAGGGAAUGUCGCAUGUUCGGUAAAAUGGAGCAGGCAGAAGUUUCGAAGGAGAGUACUGUGGCAUCGCAUUCGUUACAAGGCAAGCAAGUCGAGGGGUCUCAGUCGCUUUUGCGCUUAGACGGGGUUAUGGAAACGGACUCUGCUACCCCUCCUGGAGGCACUCUUGAUGCUGGCCCAGUGAAUGCACCCCCGGCGGUGCCGGUAGAUAUGGGACCCAGAGGACCCGCCACAACCGCUGCCACACCUUCGCAACAACAGCAACUGUCUGAUCAAGGUACUUCAUCACAGCCUGGAUUGAAGCUCGACCCAGAGUUUCUUCGUGCGGCUGAGAUGAACAGGGGAGACAAGGAUGCUGAAUGGCGAUUUGAUUCUUCAGAUGCGGAGUCCUCAUCCUCUGACAGCAGCAGCGAUGAGUCGUCGGAAGAAGAGAGUGACGACGAAGAGUAUGAGCUGUUGGAUCCGGAGGAACAGGCUAGGAUACUCAUGCAGGAUGCUGUUUCUGAUGACGAAGGACAUGGAAAGGCCUCAAAAGGGAAUUCUUCUGGUGGACGGCUUCGUACGAAGAAUGAGCAACCCGACGAAGAGGUCAUCAGACCAGAUAUUGAUCUUACCAAGGACGUGAACGUCCCAGAGCUUGGGGCCGUGGAACAUGUGGUUGAAAAUCUCAUCCUUAUCAAGGCAAAGAUAUCAGGUGAAUAUCAGGUCCUAGAGUCUGGGUCUGUUGUCUGUCUGGAAGACCGAAAAAUCAUUGGUGUCAUUGCGGAUACUCUAGGAAGGGUUGAGCAGCCUCUCUAUUCAGUGAGGUUUCGAAACGCUGAUGAUAUACGUGAGCUCGGAAUUUCAACAGGUACGAGAGUUUUCUACGUGGAAAGGCAUUCUUCCUUUGUCUUCACACAACCGCUCAAGGCGUUGAAGGGCUCUGAUGCUUCCAAUCUGCAUGAUGAGGAAAUUGGAGAAGAGGAGGUAGAGUUCUCUGAUGAUGAAGCUGAAGCGGAGUACAAAAAGAGACUAAAGCAGGAGCGGCAAGCAAGGAAAGCUUCAAAAUCCGGACCUGGGAUAACGGCACCGAACAGAGGACUCAAGGCUUUGCCCCAAAGAGCUGAUUUGGACAAAGAGGAUGAACUCUACACGCCUUUGGCAAGACCGUCUAACUUACAUGAGAUGAUGGCUGGGGGGGAAGCCCCUGUGGAGGGCCACGCCACAGUGGAUGUCCCCGGCUAUGCAAGGCCCGCACGGGGAUCGAAAGACUCAAUGCAUCGUGAUAGACGUUCAUCUGGCCGCCGACAAGGCAAUUUCAGAAAUCGUGGUCCCAGCGCCGAAGACCAGCGAAUGUCUAAUCGUGCGAUGCCUGCUAAUAGCGCUGUCAGUUCGACCGAUCGUUUUGGCGGUGCAACGCCUAUGAUCCCUUCUGCGGGUUUCGGACAGUAUGCGCCUUUGCAACAGGCACCGGUGCCAUUCCAGCAUUUUUAUCCUCCACAACCUUUUGUGUGGCCUCAGGGCUACGGCGCGGCUGCGAAUCCAUUCUUUGCCGGACCGAAUAUGCUGCAUCAACCAAUGCCCAAUUCUGGCGCUAGCCUGCAGCCUGGCGCUUUUGUUAAUCCAGCUUUCUUCUUCAAUCAGCAGUCAGGAUUCGAUCCAACAGUAACUGCGUCGCCAUCACAGGUUGCGCCCGGCAAUAGCGGCUCUUUUUCUUCAGUACAGCAUCCUCCACAUAACGUGCGAACACCGGCGGACACUGCCAACACCGUCACAAAUGAAUCAGACUCUGAUGCUGCCUUUCGCGCCGCGCAAGAAAAGCUCAACAUUCUCCGGAGCUUGAGUCAAAAUCCUGCCUCUUGAGAGACACAAGAAGGCUACGCAAAUUGCACCUUCUUUAACUACGGCGGCUGCUGAGUUGCCAAAGCACAGAUGAAUCAUCAGGAACAUCCGUUCGCAUUGCUAAAACUCGGCAAUUAAUGUCAUGCCUUAUGAUGGCGAACCCCUCCCUUGCUAUCCCUCAAAUCUCCUUGAUGGUUUUGCGUGCACGCCGCUUUUUGAUUCUACAAAGAGAGCGAGGAAUGUUACCCGGGGGAAAGGGGAAACAGGAAGGGAGGAUGAGAAGUUCCAUUCCCCAUGUAUCCCUAUACCUUUUUUCUCGUGUUGCAAACCCAGGGAGAAUAAACGCCGUGAUACAUACAGAGAACGGCAAAGCC